AUGCGCCAGGCCCUGGUGCAUCUACCGGUGUCCCUCGACUACCAACGUAUGUUGUUGUUCAUUCUGCGUCGACGUCAUCUUAAUUUGCCGAAAGACCCAAGAGCUCUCCUUUGCCUUCGAAUACUGACAACAUCCAAUGCAAUUGCCGUAUUUGAGAGACCUAAUUUGGCCAAGUCUCGUAACUGGGUAGGAGUAAGCGGGAACAAGACUAUUUGUGGUUGUGGCGUUUCGGAACCGCUGGACGUCGAAGGCUACCGGCAACACACGACAAGCGAACUGCAUUUGGUUUCGGAUAGUGGUUUUAUUCCUUUUAAUGACUUGGAAUGUGUGCCUGUUCAUCUGUCCUGUUCAUCUUUUGCGACAGACCAGCCAGGUUGUUCAUCAAACCAAAGAACAUUCCGGCACACAUCCAGCGAGUUCCAACGUUAUUUCCGUCCUCUCGAAGACGGUAGUCCGUGGGAAGCCGCGGAUAGUGUUUACUUUACUGAGGACCUGUUGUACUUGCAGAAUUCUUCCGAUACAUAUGGACCACGGGCUGUAACGUGCAAUGUACAUAGCUUGGUGCAUUUGGCGGAUGAUGUAAGGGCUCGUGGAUCCUUGGAUCGGUUUUCCGCACUUCCCUUUGUGUACGUUUUAGGUGAACUGAGGAAAAAUGUUUUCGGACCGCUUAAACUCGCUGUUCAAAUGCAACGACCUAUAGCCGAAUGGUCAGUAUCAGCCUCUGCUGACGCGCUGAACUGUCUCCUGACACAACUUGGGGGGGGUUUGCUGAAAAUCCGUGGACAGCCCACGACCGAUUUUGCCCUUCUUGAGGCUCAUCAGCUCUAUAUGACAUCCCUAAAACAGCUGUCACAACACCAUUUGGCCACUUCAAAUUCAUGCAUACGCCUUCUGGUCUUUGAAAUUCAGCUCAAAAGUUUCAACUUUUCAACGACGUGUAUUUCAACAAUUAGAAUUUUCCCCGCAGAAAAUGCAGGCUGCACAAACGCGUUAGGUACAUUUGAACGUAAAUUACCCGAAAUUUACCUCGCUAUCCUCCAUUUCCGGCAUUUAUUGGAAAAGGGAUCAUGUAUCAUUCAAACCGAUCAUAAGCGGUUUACGUGUGCUUUCAGCGCCAAGCCUGCUGGAUGCAAACCACGCGAGAUGCGUCAUCUAGACUAUACUUCCCAAAUCACCACAGACGUUCAGUAA